CCCCGUCCAGCUUGGCAAAUGUCAACUUCUGAACAAACCCCCAGUGAAAGUAUAGUCACCUCUGAUGAUGAAGAUGUCCGGGCUCGCCUCUAUGCUCAGAAUCCCAAUUUAUUUGGCUGUAGCGAUGCUGUUGGUUCCUAUGACUAUGCUGAGAAUGUCAGCUCGGCUAGUUCUCUGUCCACUCCAAACUCUGCCCAUCUAGACAGUUUUGGCUUUGCUAAUGAUGAUUUGGGUGACACCGUAAUACACCUAGAUAAAGCGAUGCAGCGUAUGCGAGAGUAUGAAAGAAUGAAAGGGGAAGCUGAGUCUGAAGGCAGGAGUGCUUCUAACGUCAGCACACCAGCUAAAAGGGACCGUGGCACAUCAGACAUUCCAAGUACCGGUAAUAGUUCAGCUCAAGAUGUUGGCAGUGAAAGUUCAGUAUCAGAUGUUCCA